AUGCGUGUUAAAGUAUAUCGUGAACAGAAAAGUGGUAAUUGGUGGUUAUCCAUUGACCGCGAAAUGAUAGGGUACUGGCCGAAUGAGCUCUUUACUCAUCUAGCACACGAUGCUUCUCUUGUCAGAUACGGUGGAAUAGCAGGGGCAGUAUCCGGAAUCCCAAGUGCUUCAGUGGGAAAUGGAAAUUUGCCAUCGAUCAGUUUUAGUAUCAAACAGUCCGGAUGGAUGAAUGAAAUGAAGGUCUAUAAUGAAUCAGGAUUACCUGUUUUCUUCGACUUUUAUAAAGUAUACAAGAAACAAGAUACAACAGCGGAUUGUUAUAACCUUAACUACAUAUUUUCUAAUUACAACAAGUUUAAUGCUAUAAAGUAUGGGGGUCCAGGCGGAUCUAAUUGUUCCUAA